AGUUUGACCACCGCACGGUGCAGACGUGCGGCAAAGUGCUCCGAUGCGAAUAUCGCACAAUAGUGUUAAAGUGUCAGAAGAGGGUUCCAGAACAACGUGUCCGGCGUCGAUCAGAAGAUUCAGAAGUUGGUAGCAGCCACCGUCGCUUAAGUCGCCGUUGUCCUGCCAUCAGGUACCACACAGUCGAUAGGGAAGUUAGGUACACCCCUGCUACCUAAAAGCAGGGACAUAGUAUAGUUUACCAAAAAUUCACUCACCUCCCUGUCAAAGCAGGGAGGACACCCGAUUUACCGUCGCCCACCAUGGGCACUAAAAUAGAGAAAAUAAUAGAGAGAUUCGAGGUACUCAUCAAGUACCUCUCUGAAACCGCCCCGUCAGUGUUCAGGGACUUCAACGAGAAGUUCCCGAUACAGCCGGUAUCAUUCGACACGGACAGCCCGGCUUCACCGGGAUGCCCGCAGGAUAGCAAUCCAUCCAAAAUGGAUUGCUCGCCAAUCGGCUCGGAGGCCGAGCAAUCGUCAGAAGAGACGACGCCGCCGACUUCGGACGCCGAGGAGGAUAGCGACGGGUUCAGGCCCGUCAUAUCCAAAUCGGGAAAGAGGAAGGCGGCUAAGUCGCUGAAGGCGCCGCCGCCGAACAAAAAAGUUAUUACGUCACCCGCAGCUGCCGGCGCAGCUGCGCGCGCACCUGUGUCAACACCUGCGGGCACAUCUGUGUCGGUACCUGCGGGGGUACCUGGGUCCGCACCCACAAAAACAAAUAGCCCGCCGCCCCUAUACGUCAGGACGAACAGGGACUGGAACGACAUUUCCAGUCUCCUUAAUAACAAAAACAUCCGGUACAUUUCAGCCCGCAACACGGCGGUAGGUAUAAAAAUAUCUACUGCCUCCCCGUCCGACCACCGUGCUCUGUCAUCGAUAUUGCGUAAAAACAAUAUCGAAUACCAUACCUACGCCCUCCCGGAGGAACGUAGGCUAACCGUAAUUAUCAAGGGUCUCCCCGCGGAGAUACCUGUUAAUAUUAUUAAAGAGGACCUUCAGUCCCAAAACCUGCCAGUGUUGGAAGUGCAUCGCAUGCACAGGCCAAAUAAACGGCCGUUCGACAUGGUGCUAGUGCACUUGUCCCUUACCCCGGAAGGUAAGGCGAUUUAUAAUUUAAAAUCCGUCUGCCGGUUAUCCGAUCUACGUAUCGAGCCGCCUCGAAACCGCGGAGCCCCGGGGCAAUGUCACCGUUGCCAAUUAUACGGCCACUCCCAAAGGUUCUGUUACGCACGCCCGCGCUGCGUAAAGUGCCUAGGGGACCACGCAACGUCCGACUGCAGCAGAGUAUCGGCUACGGAGGAGCCGCCUAGCUGCGUCCUGUGCGGUCAGCGGGGUCAUCCCGCGAGUUAUCGCGGAUGCCCCAAAGCCCCGCACUGGGCGAAAGUUGGGCGGCACCCCGGCAAAGCCAGGGAGCCGGCUCUCAUCCCCGCUGCACCUCCGACAACAAACGUUUGGGUACGCUCAAGCGCCAUAAUAGGCCCGAAAGCCCCUCAGGCACCCCAGGCCCCUCUGGCACCUCAGGCCCCUCAGGCACCCCAGGCCCCUCUGGCACCUCAGGCCCCUCAGGCACCACAGGCCCCUCAGGCACCAAAAGCCCCUCAGGCACCAAAAGCCCCUCAGGCACCGAAGGCCCCUAAGGCACCCCAGGCCCCCAAGGCACCGGCAGUAGGCCUAGCGGCUGACCUACAACUCGUCUGCGACUUCGCGAGUCUAAUAGUCCCCGCGGAGGUGCAGACCUUAGCAGCCAAGCUGAGGGCCUCCAACGGCAAUCCUCAGGCGCGCAUGCUGGCAAUGUGCCAGCACGCGGGCAUGUUGAGUGCCGUCGGGGCGUACCAAGCCAAUGGCUGUUAA